AUUUCAUAUUUGUAACUAAUUCAAUAAGUACCAUCAUGCGUCUGUCUAUAUAAAUGUAAAGCCUUCCCAAAACCAAAAACAAGAUUCACAGAAAAUGGAUACUCAGGAAACGAGUUUAGGAGUGACAAGAGUGUUGAGAGAAGAGCGACCAUCGAGUAAGAUAGUGACGAUAGCUGGCUAUUCCGUGAUUAAGGGGAGAGGCGAACCCUACGAGUCCUCUGUUUUUGAAGCUGCUGGUUACAAAUGGAGACUAGUUUUGCACGUCGGUAGAGCUGGCUAUAUAUCACUAUACGUGAGGAUCGAAGAGACUGAAACUAUUCCCUAUGGUUUGGAAGUCAAUGUUGAUCUCAAACUCCUUGUUCACGUUCCAAAGCUAGACAAGUACUUGACCGUCACAGAUGGAGCAGUGAAGAGAUUCAACGCAGAGAAAAAAGAGUGGGGGUUCGAACAAUUGAUUGAUCUUGCAAGUUUCGAAAACACAAACGAAGGGUACAUUGUUCAAGACACUUGUUCUUUUGGUGCCGAGAUCUUCAUCGUUAAACCGGCCAAGGUACAAGAGAAGGUCACGUUCAUAUCAAACCCUCCACGCAAUGUAUUUACUUGGGAGAUACCUCAUUUCUCUGACAUGGAAGAUAAGUUCUACUAUUCUGAUGAUUUUCUCGUGGAAGACCGAUACUGGAGAUUAGGGUUUAACCCGAAAGGUGGGAGUGCACUUCCAAUCUAUUUAUAUGCUCAAGGCUUUAGGCCAGACGCAGUCGCUACAAACACUUGGGGAGCGGUUAAUCUGCGGUUAAAGAAUCAACGAAGCACCAACCAUAGACAAAUAUAUUCUGCAGCUUGGUACCCUAUUCGAAGCGGUUAUGGCGUGGGAGUAAACAAUAUCAUAUUGUUAGCAGAUUUAAACGAUGCAUCAAAGGGGUAUUUGGUGAAUGAUGCUAUUAUCUUCGAAGCUGAAAUGGUUAAGGUCACUGUGACCAACAUCGUCUCCGUUUAAUGAUCUAUACUUCUUUUGUCAUGGAUCAAACUUUAUGAAUAAGACGUGUGUGAUAUAAGUUUGUAAUAAGGUGAAGUUUGCCAAUGCUUGUGAUGUAAUUUUCAUUUCUGUUCAUGGUGUGUUGUUUUCUACUUUGUUAUCAAUGAAAUAAAACUCUCUUGGUUUUUAAGUUUUUAUCAAA